AAUCGAAAGAGUGAAAUAUUUUUUAUAGUGUUUUUAUAUAAAAGGAGGACAGUAUUCACUAAUCCGUUUGGCAACGAAAGUGUGAAGCGUUUGGAGCAGUUGUGAAUGGUCUGUCAUCUGGUUUUAAGCCCACUUCCCAGGAACCACUCGAUUAUUUGAUUCUUUCAACGGCUAACUGGAUAAAGUGAAACCUUGUAACUUGACAUCGCAAUGGAUAACUGUAAUAAUAAAAAGGGUGACGCUAAUUUCCAUCUAAAUCCAAUGAACGGUUUUGAUAACUUCGAUGACGAUAAUCACUUUAAUCUGAAUCAAAUUGAAGGUAUCUUUUUCAUUGAUGAAGAUGUCCCUCACGCUAGCUAUCCAGACGACAGUGACGAUCAAUAUGAUGAUUAUGAGACAUUUCUGUGGGAAAGUGGCAGCGAUUCAGAAUUGGAAUACACCUUUGUUGGAACAGAAGAAGAUCACUGUAGACCAAUUCAUACUCCAUGCAGUUCUACGCAAGACCAGUGCGUUAAUAGAGAAAAUUCUGCAUGUAAAGCACAUAUUCAACAGAAGAUACUUGAAGCUGCAAAAGAUGCAAAGCCACAAAUGCAUAUUGAAGAGGAAGAAAAUGACUUCUACGAUAGCACCCAAAGUGUGGGUCGUAAAGUUUUUGUGCAAAUCGUAAAACCCAAACCCAAACCUAGAGCUUUUAAUACUGCGUCGUGUUCACGUAAAAAUAAAACUAAAGUUUCCAAACGUGCAGGAUAUAUGUCAUCAUCAGACAAUGAUGAUUGGUCCGAUUCUGACUGAGGACGAAAUCAACAAAUUGAAAAAUGCAAAGUUAUGUGAAGAGGAGGAGGAAGCAAAAACUCUUAACCAUUAUACUCUACGUGUAAGAAGUAAGGGUUACAUUUAAAUUGUCAAAGCUAGACCAUAGUGUUCUAAACCUGUACUCACCUCUUCAGUUUUUUUAUUUAACAAAAAAAAUUAAGUUCCAGAUGAUGAUUAUGAUUGGUGUUAUUCUAAGUAAAAAAUCGGCGAGUUCUAAUAAAGAAUUGUUAUAUGUUGUUUAGGCGUACAAUGUAUAAGAACAUGUAUAUUCACGAAAGCAUUUAUAUGACUACAAACUUUAAUUGUAAACAUAUUGUUAUUAAAUAAUUAAAUAUAAUAAGUAAGAGAA